AUGGAGUCUUCCCUGCGCAAAGCAGCUUCAACGCUCUGCGGCCGCUGCACAGCGCCAAUGCGCAAACAAUUGAUCCCUCGCCGCGCCUCAAAAUUGCUCAUCUCGCCUACUCACUCUCCGAUCCGAGCUCUGCACUCGUCGACAGCGUGCCAAUCGAACCGAGGCAGUGUCGGUGAUAAAGAGUCUGCUGGGACCAGACGGGCUUUCACGUCGACCUCAAAGGCAGACAACGAGGCUGCAGCAUCAGCGCCGCAUGCUGGUCAGCAUCCCAGGCUGACGGAAGACAAUCUUUUCCACCCCUUCUCGAACUCGCCGGUGCCCGAAUUCCGCCAACGGGCUGCUUUCAUGAGACAGAAUGCGUACUGCCUGCAUCCCGACCACCAGCAUACGAAGGUCCCGACUGUGGCGCCCAAAUCUGAAGAUGAGGUUGCGACUGGCGGUACGGCCCCUCCGGCGCAUGUGGAUUUCGAAUGCCCCGACUGCGGCUUCCCCAUGUACUGUAGCAAAGAGCACUGGAUGGAUGAUUAUGAGAACCACUUGAAGAUCUGUGACACCCUCCGACAAAUCAACGAGGACGACCAUGACCUUCGGUCCGGCCGCGUGUUCCACGAAGCCGUGCUGCCCGAGAACCAGCUGGAGGAGGCCAUGGUGAACAUGACGAACUGGGAUACCUUCAUGUACACUCGGGAAUUUGAUGCCGUCAACUCUGACCGCUCCAUGAGGCAGAUCACUCGCUUGCUGACAUAUCCCAUUACCAUCGGCAGUAUCUUGCACGAGCUCAGCCCGUACACGGUCAAGGCAGGCGAGCGACUGACCACAGAAGGUCUCAAGAGCUUUAGUGCCCUGAGGUACAACCUCCACCCACCAAAGUCCGGCAAAGGCCCAGGUGUGAACCAGUUGCAGCCAGAGCCGCCUGCGGUGCGUGUCUUUUGCCUGGGCGCGCGCGCCGAGUCUUCCCUUCCGCGCUCAGCUUGGGUACAGCUGGCGCAUCUGUUCCCCAACGCAAAGAUCCACCUCAUCAUGAUCGGACCGGAGAGUAUGGCGAACCGUGACGACGAGUUCCCCUUGCCGGAGCGGACUGCGUCCAAUCCCUUUGGCGCCAUUGUCGAGGAUCGCAUCUCGCACAAGAUGAAGAUCAGCACGAUUGUCGACUACUACCACUCGAUCCACCAGACGGGUCACUUCGCGCCCUACGAUCCCUACUUUGAUUGCUUUGUCCUGUUUCACCCCGGCCUCGGGCAUCCUGCCAGUAGCCACGAGUGGGAAGAUACCCUCCCCCAGUUGUUGGAGACCAAGGUCCCCAUCAUCAGCACUGGCUACACGCAGUUCGACCUCGAGAGAGAUGUCAAGUGGGUGAACGACAAGUCCAAGGGCGAGUUUGACGUGCUCCUGGAACCGGGCGAGAACAUCUUCCGCAGUCUACGCUGGGAUCUGAACGACAUGGAUCCCCAAGAUGUCAGCUGUGGUAACUGGGGCGUAUGGGCAUUCCGCGGCAAGAGAUACGAGACGACGAUCAAGGAUGCUUAA